AAUCAAGGUGAUCAUUCAACGCUUUAAAACGAAGUCGAAUAUUUAUCUUUUCAUUUAUUCUUGUAAGAUUUACCAAGUGUUUAACUGUCCUCAGUGCCUUUUCUGGAUUUAAUGUCCUACAUGAUUAUCAGUUAGGUGAUGGCCUUAUUUAGAGAACUACUAAAAGCCAGGAAUCACCAUACAACUGAUUUGUUUUGAUUUGGGAUCAAUCGGCAGUAUGCACCAAAAUAUUGAAACUGUGACUGCUAUUACUUUUACUGCUAAAACUUAUCCAUAAGGACCAAUAUCUUAACUUCAAAUUGUACUUAUUUCCAACUUCAUUCAGUUCAGAAUAAAGCAUGACCAUCGUCCAGAACUACUACUGACGAGUAUGUCAAUCAUUACUCGUCUAGACUCUACCGGUCAAUACUUCUUAAUAUAAAUUCCAUAAACCAUCUCAAGGCAUAUCACUUGAUUGUAUUACACAUAUUUUUAUUUUGUUAAGAGAUUUUGUAAGUGACCCGAUUGUUGAUGAAAUUGUAGAUUUGUACUCUAUUGAGAAUUUCUAUACUAAAACGAAGCUGCCGUUUAGUGCUCCCUAGUUUUCAGUGAUAAUUUGAAUUGAACUCAUAUUAAAAUAACUAUAAUAAAAUCACUUCACCUAAACUGUAAUUAAUGAGUAAUAACCUCUUAUAACGUUCGAUUUUACAUAGUCUAAUGUUAUCAAGGUCGAGUUUACACGUUUACACGUAUUGGACGUUAAUUUACCUUAGACGAAUAUCUACACUAGAUUCCCUUCCAGUGUCUAUUCUACAGGACGUCAACAGAACUCAGAUCAAGAACACGUGAUUAGCCUGACGAGAACGUAAAUAUAUUUUCACACCAAAACUCGACACAAUCCAACAGCAAUCAAUAAUAAUAAUAAGCAUAGGGGAAUAUAUACCUCAUCUGACAUCUCUCAGACAAUCAACAUGUCUGUCUAAGCAAACGACCAUUCACCAUCAUUCUCACCCACACAUCAUAACCAUAAAGCAGCAUCAACAUUAUGUUGAUAUUUUCAAUACCAAUCAAUCGUAAAACAAUUCAUUUGUUUAUCUCCACAUUUUUUUUUACUUUUUAUUAAUUUAAAAUAUGAAGAGUGUAAACUUUCUGGUUUCAUUCUUUGAAAAUCGUUUUUGUAUUACAAUUUCAGUGGAUUUCUAUACCAUUUGCUAUGGUUAAUGAAGCAACAGUGCCAAUUACACAAACAUGGGAUAAAUGGAAAGGUAGUGUUAAUCCAAUGGAUAGCUUCUUUUAUGUGGACAACUUAUUGAUGUUAAUUUUUGGUGGUAUACCUUGGCAAGUUUAUUUUCAGCGUGUACUAUCUUCAAAAACUGCAAAUCAGGCACGUAUUUUAAGCUUUGUAGCUUCAAUUGGAUGUUUCGCUAUGGCAAUUCCUUCAGUUUUAAUUGGAGCUGUUGGAGCAAGUACAAAUUGGACUAUGACAAAUUAUAAUACAACUUCAGAAUUACCGAAUACACCAGAAGAAAUGAAAUUAAUUCUACCAUUAGUAUUACGUUAUCUAUGUCCACCAUGGAUAUCAUUUGUUGGUUUGGGUGCAGUGUCAGCUGCUGUCAUGUCUUCGGCAGAUUCAUCAGUUCUAUCUGCUGCAUCAAUGUUUGCUAGAAAUGUUGUCAAAGCGAUAUUUUGGCAAAAAGCAAGUGAAAAACAAGUUUUAUGGAUAAUGCGUACAAGUAUAUUUGUUAUUGGAGCAUUUGCAUGUUGGUUAGGUAUUAGUAUUCAGUCAAUUUAUGGUUUAUGGUAUUUAUGCUCAGAUCUUGUCUAUGUUAUUUUGUUUCCACAAUUGAUUUGUGUUCUAUAUGUUAGAUUUUCAAAUACUUACGGUUCGUUAUGCAGUUAUUUGAUUGGUUUAUUUGUUCGAUUAACCAGUGGAGAAAGUGUAUUGAAAUUGAGACCAUUAAUUGCUUAUCCUUAUUUUGUUGAUGAUCCAAAUGACUUUUAUCAACGAUUCCCAUGUAAAACAUUUGCCAUGCUAAUCAGUUUUAUAGUUAGUGUCUGUAUUUCAUAUAUCACGGAUAUUUAUUUUCGAGCUGAUUCAAAACGUCUAAAAUAUGAUAUAUUUCAUUGUUACAAAGAACGUCAAUCUAUGACAGGUUCAAUACGUAUUGGGAAUCGUUUUAAUCGACCAUCAAUUAAGACUACACGAUUACCGCGUAAAGGUGAAAAAUUAGAAGUUAUUAAUGAUGAUAAUAUACAAGAAUUAGAAACAAUGCAAAUUGUAACAAGCGCCAUAACUGUAACUACAACUACUGCAUCUAAUUCAAACAAUCUAAAUCCACAUAAACCAGUGGAAAUAGUUUCAAUGAAUAAAUCAAUACCAAAGAAAAUCAAUGAUAGUCUUGAUUAAACUAAUUCACUCACCUCAAUAUUGGCAAGCAGUUUUAAAUAUAUUACUAUAACCAUCAAAAACGAAACCAUUUCCCUUUGCAUACAUUUAAACAAAUAGCUUACAAUGACAGAAAAUAAAUAGAUUCCUUUUUUUUCUUUCAAAUAUAUUAAAAUCUGUUUAUUUAACAUUCGAUUUUAGCCUUUUUAUUUUAAUUCUUUAUUACCGUUGAAAUUUUAUUUAUCUAAACACAUUUGUUUAUUUGUAAACAUUGUAAUUAUAAAUAAUAAUAAUAAUAAUAAUAAU